AUGUCAGCCAAAGCAGUAUUCCUAAUUGCCAUCAACGCCUUUUUCGUUCAGGCUAUCACUGGAGCAUGCUGGGGCAAUGCGUUCAAUACAGCUUGGCCCACAGGGUGGGCCGGUGAGGGUUUAAGUUGGGCGGGUCCAGGUCUAGCUGAAGGCCCACUAAUAGAGGCGGGACCGUGUGCCGGCAGUGCUUUCGGGGCCGGCUGGGCUGGCUACGGACCCGCUGGAGCUCCCAGAGGAUUCGCUGUAUCUAGUGCAUCGCCCAUUCCCCCUGUUGGGAUGUCUAUAGCCUCUGACAAUGCUAUCGAAGGUAUUUUAGCUGUUGGAGGAGAAGUGCCAUUCUUGGGUACAGUGGAACUGGAAGGAGCCCUGCCAACCGCCGGUGCAGGUGCAGUAUCUUUCGGCUGUGGCAAUGGCGCUGUGGGUAUUGUUGCUGAAGAAAUUGCUCCUAUCGCAACCAGCUUACUCGGGCCUGGUUUUGGCUACGGACCUAAUUGGGCCGGCGGUCUAGGUUGGGCUGGUUGCGGCAUGGCGCCUUUUGGAUGCGGCUGUGGGGCUCCUUACUGA